CUUUUCCCUUUUAUAUUCAGGAAAAAAUCACAUCACAGACAACGAUACCACCACCUUCCCCCCCUCUCUCUCUACAAAUAUACUAGUAUUUAUAUGAGAAUCUCCCACAACUUGUAAGCAAAAGAUUCAUAAUAUCUCUUCCACUUCCAAGCACAAGAGAAGCUAUUAGUGUAUCUAUUUCACUUUAAUCAUGGGUCGCUCUAUCUUGGUUUGCCUGAUGCUAGCUGAGAUCUUGAUGGUUCAUGCAAUGGCUAUCAGAUCUGACGCUUCCGAUCUGAUCAAACCACCAAAGAUAACGAUGAUUCAGACAUGGGAUCAUAGUAUAGCAGAUCCGCCUCUAUCAUCAGGUGGUGCAGAGUCGUCGUCAGAGGGUGGCGAUGAAGGGUCUAGUGCAGCCGAACCUCCGGAGAUCAGACGGCUGGGAAAGCACCACUCGUCAGAUAAAUCAGUGGCUGGUGGCGGUGUCAUCAUUGGUGGGCUUGUCACCGCCAUUUUCGCCGCUGUUUACUGCUACAUCAGAGUCACCAGAGGAAAGGAGGCUGAGAAGCACUGAAGCUCUCUGUUUUCAAAACACUCUUUUGAGUCUCUGUCUCACUAAGUUUUGAUCUGAACACAAUGGUUUGCUCAAGAGUGGGUUUUUACAUAUGUUACUCAUAUACAUAUACAUACAUAUAUGUGUGUAUGAAAGAAGCAGAAUGUGAAUAAUAGAUUAGAAAUAUAUAUAUAUAUACUCUGUUUUUUCUUAAUUCGUUGUUCUUUGAGAUGUAAGAGAUUAUACAAAUGAAAGUGAUUGAUCAAUAAUUAGUUAUUUAUUUAUUUAUUA